CGCUAUGACAUUCCUAACAGAAGUUACAUGCAGUUUUGUCUGUAAUUUUUUCCUAGGGGUCGCUAGAGCGCAAUUUUCAUUUUGGGGGAUUGGUUGCUUAAUAUGUUGGGAAGGUUUGCUAUACCGACGUGUGUGUCAAAUUUGGUGAGUUUUGAAGCAUGUUAAGGGGGUCAAAUUACAGCGCGUAGGUGCGGAAUAAUAAUAAAACACAGCAGUUUCAAUAGGGUCCUUUGCCCAUGGCAAAGGAAUAGAGGCAGCUCACUGGUAAGUGCUGCUAUUUGAGCUAUUUUUAGAACAGGCCAGCGGGCGACUCAUCCGCGUUGGUGACUCCUGACAUAGUCACGUGUUACCAGCACCCGGAAGUGGCACCAGUCCGCCGGCAACUUCAUCCCGCCCAGCAUCAAAUGUUCCAACUCUCUUCUCAACGCACGUUAAACGUCGGCGGGUCUUUGACGAGGAGGACUAGCAUUAGCACCGGCUAACAAGCUGUCAUCAGUUAGCCUGCUCGUCCUUUCAAGAGACAUGAUGCUGCUGGUGCUUGCAGCCCUCCUGCUGCUCUUCUGCACCCUGGACGUGUGGUACUUCCUGCGAGGGGCGCAGGUCUUCGUCACCACCUUCUUCCAGCCCAAGGUUAAGGACAUCCUGGCAGAGGGAAGUGUGCACGGCAUAGUCCUCCCCCACGACGUGGACUACAAAGGCCACAUGAACAACUCCCGCUACCUGAGGGAGUGCGACUUUGCCCGCUUCCACCACAACAUGUGCAACGGCAUCUUCAUGGCCUUGUUCAGGAUGGGGGCCAAAAUGGUGGUGGGGGCCUCCACCAUCCGCUACCGCCGCUCCCUGGCGUUCGGCGAGGCUUUCGAGAUCCGGACCAAAGUGGUGGGAUGGGAUGACAAGGCGUUUUACUUGGAGCAGCGCUUUGUGUCCAAGAAAGAUGGCUUCGUGUCGGCCGUGUUGCUCUGCAAGCAGAGUGUGGUGCGCAGCAGCCCCGAGAGCAUCAUUGACUUUGUCUGCAAAAGGAAGAUUGAAUGCCCUCCGCUCCCAGAUGACCUAAAGCACUGGAUCAGCUUCAUUUCGGCCAACAGUCAAGCCCUGAGAGCCGAGAGUGGCCUGGAGGAGAAGAACAAAGGCCGGGCUGCUUGAUUGGAGGUGCAUGUUGUCAGGGAAGAAAGCGCAACAAUCAGGACUGAAAGAUGCUGAUGAUGUUGCAGUGCAACUUUUUCAAAAAUGUGCAAUACAUCCUGAAUAUUAAUUAUGGUGUGAGCAAUUAUAAGCUGUAGGCUUUUAAAACCGUAAAAUACCUGAAAAAAAAUGCAUUACCACUUCAGUUUGUGACCAAAUUAUGGUAUUUAUGGGGAAAUAUUUAUAUAUGAAAGCUUCAGGUGUACUUUUGAAUGUUAUUUAUGUUGAUAAUGCACUGACACCAAAAAAUAUAUUUGGUAUUAAGUUUAAAGCGACGUCCUUUUUAUGUUGUUAGUUAUUUCAUGUUCAUUGUUUUUAAAAGCAUUUUAGAUUAAAAAUGCACCUUAAUCCUGGAUUGUGCCUGUCUUAUUUUGUCUUUCGCAUACAUUUUGUUAAGUACAUGUCAAUAAACUAAUGAGCACUAUAUACAAAGUUCCUGGACAACCAAGCUGGUUGUCAGCAUGCAAUGUUACAUUGGAAAAAAAAAUCAAGUAAUCUCUUUUCUUUUUUGCUGCCGAUGUCUUUAAUAUCAUGGGCGAAACCUUCAGAAUAAAAGCACAUUCGCAACUUGAA